GUGUGGAUGGCGGCGGCUAGAGUCGGAGCCCCAGCUACGCUGCGCAGACAACAUAUCUGGUUCCUUGACAAGGCCACAGCCUCCUCCUGAAGAUGUGCUCCACAAACCCAGGCAAUUGGGUCACCUUUGAUGAUGACCCUGCUUUUCAGUCUUCUCCAAAGUCCAAGAAUUUCCCUCUGGAGAAUCAAAGUGUCUGUAGACCAAAUGGACUUAAACUGAACCUGCCUGGUCUCAGAGAAUUUCCCAGUGGGCCUUCCUCCGCCAGCAGCACCCCACUGUCUUCUCCCAUUGUUGAUUUUUACUUUAGUCCKGGACCUCCAAGUAAUUCUCCCCUUUCUACACCAACCAAAGACUUCCCAGGUUUUCCCGGCAUCCCUAAAUCAGGGGUUCAUGUCCUUUAUCCCAUUCCAGAAUCUUCUCCAAACUGUCCACUUGUGCCAGCAGGAACAGGUUCCUCCUUAUUGUCUACUAAGUCAACCUGUGUCUCCUAUGCUUUCGUACCUAAGGACCCGUCAGGUACACCUCCAGCUCCCAGCGUGGGUCUCUCAGAUGAGACGAGUCCUCAGCAGGCUGAAGGUGGAGGGCUGCAAAGCGAUGCUCCCCAGUUUCAGUAUUUUCAGGAGGACUGUGCUUUUUCCAGUCCAUUUUGGAAAGAUGAAGGCAGUGCUUCUCAGUUCACCUUUGAUCCCUCGGGAAGCAGAAAGACUUUCUCGUCAAGAGACAGGGAGAUGCCUAUGGAUCAGAAAAGCCUCAAUAAAUGUUCMCUUGACUACAUCUGUGAGAAGCUUGAACACUUCCAGUCAUCUGAGCACCAAGACCCUCUUGGAAAUUUGUCUGCRCAGUGUCCCUAUGCUGAAGACUCUGUUUCGUCCUUUGUCCCCCAUACGCUUUUCAGGAGCCAGCCCAAAGCCGGAUGGUCCUUCAUGCUGAGAAUCCCUGAAAAGAAGAACAUGAUGUCUUCCCGGCAGUGGGGCCCAAUUUUUCUGAAAGUCUUACCCGGAGGGAUUUUGCAAAUGUAUUAUGAGAAGGGCUUGGAGAAGCCAUUCAAAGAGUUCCAGCUUGACCCACACUGCAGACUUUCUGAACCCAAAGUUGAAAACUUUAGUGUGGCGGGAAAAAUCCAUACUGUGAAGAUUGAACAUGUGUCUUACACAGAAAAAAGGAAAUACCAUUCUAAGACAGAAGUCGUGCAUGAACCAGACGUCGAGCAGAUGUUGAAGUUGGGGUCCACAGAGUACCGGGACUUCCUGGACUUUCUGAYCACCGUGGAGGAGGAGCUGCUGAAGCUACCCGUCGUUCCCAAACCAAAGAAGAACUAUGAGGAGCAAGAAAUUUCCCUGGAAAUUGUGGACAACUUUUGGGGUAAAGUCACAAAAGAGGAUGGGAAAUUGGUUGAAAGUGCUGUCAUAACUCAAAUCUAUUGCCUCUGCUUUGUGAAUGGGAACGUGGAGUGCUUUUUAACCUUGAAUGACCUUGGACUGCAGAAGCAAGAUGAAUGCUGUUUUGAAAAAGAUCCAGAAAAGAAGUGGAUCGAGAUUCUUGACUACCAUUUUCAUAAGUGUGUGAAAGGACAAGAAUUUGAGCCCUCCAGGGUCGUUAAGUUUGUCCCUCUUGAUGCCUGCCGGUUUGAGCUGAUGCGUUUUAAGACUUUGUAUGAUGGGGACGAGCUUCCCUUUUCUGUGAAGUCCGUCGUGGUUGUCCAAGGCGCCUACGUGGAACUUCAGGCCUUUGUCAACAUGGCCCCGUGGGCUCAGAGGCCAUCCCACUCCAGUUCCUCCAGGGGCUGUGACAAUAUAAUGAUACACUUUCCUGUCCCAUCUCAGUGGAUCAAGGCUCUCUGGACCAUGAACCUCCAGAGGCAGAAGUCCCUGAAAGCCAAAAUGAACCGCAGGGCCUGUCUGGGGAGUUUACAUGAACCUGAAUCUGAACCUGUCAUUCAGGUCACUGUGGGGUCAGCCAAAUAUGAGAGUGCCUACCGGGCUGUGGUGUGGAAGAUAGAUCGGCUUCCUGAUAAAAAUUCAAGUCCUGAUCAUCCCCACUGUCUGUCAUACAAACUAGAACUUGGAUCAGACCAAGAAAUUCCCUCUGACUGGUACCCAUUUGCUACUGUUCAGUUUUCUAUGCCUGAGUCCUGUGCCUCAAGGACAGAGGUCAGGUCUCUGGGGGUGGAGAGCGAUGUCCAGCCACAGAAACAUGUUCAACAGCGAGCUUGCUACAACAUCCAGGUUGAAAUAGAAAAGAAAUGGAUUAAAAUCGAUGGAGAAGACCCAGAUAAAGCUGGUGGCUGCAUAACUCAGUAGAAGUACCAAGAGUGAUGAUGAUCCACACGUCAGAUAUGUAACUCAGAGAAACCACAUGAAGUUCUGCUAUUGGCUUCUGAGUGGUGGGCUUAGGACAGGCCCAGUGGCUGUGUGUACAGAAGCUUAGACCUAAAACCAAACCUUCUGUGUUUUGUGCUUUUGAUAUGUUUUGCCAUAGGGGUUUCAUCUAAAUGUGUCUAUAAUUUGUGUGAUGUUUUGCUUCUUACUGAAACUCAAAGGCACUGUUAUCUGAAAUACACCCUGGCAGCCAGUUUGGCUGAAGGGUUUUUGAUUUUUGAUUACUGAGUGGCUGAUUGUUUUGUACUCUGGAUUACCUGAGUGCCAUAUUUAUUAUCCCUCAGUCCCCAAUCUCUUCUUGCUGUGUUAGCAUCUGUACCAGAGGGAAAGGCAAUCAAAGAAGAUGUAAACCAAAAUACUUAACUUCCCCUUUUGCUCAUCUCUGAAACGUGCUUUGGUAGAGAAUGAGGUUGAAACCACAGCUAAAAUGGAGAUUUGGAAGUAUCAGUGGUUUUGAAUUAUUUAUAUUCCCAUCCUCUGACCACAUUGGUAAGUAAUCAUUGGCUGUAUCUGGUAGCUGUCUUUCCGUGACUCUGUUAUCAUUUGAAAAGUGUCUUUGUAUUCUGGUAUGUGCUGCAAAGAAGCUAUUCCUGUUGAUAUACAUAUUUUAGUACAAGUCACUAAGACAUACUGCCUUUUGGUUGGUGGGAUUCCUUUCAAAAUAGAAUCAGAGUAUUGGACACUAGUUAAAAUAUUUAUGUACAUUAAAGAUGAAUUUUAAAAGUUCAUGAAUAUUGUUUUCUAAAAGUAUAGACUMUAAGAAUGUAUUUUGAUAAAGUAUUAUUUGUAAUUAACAGAAGCCUCUCUUGAGUAGAUUCUAAAUCAUGAUUAUUUUAUGUAGUGCUGCUAUCAUGCUAUUUUUGUUAAUUAUAUGCUUAAUUUAGAGUAUUAUUCUUUAAAAGAUGAGUAAAGUGAAAGACAUUAGAUUAUUUUACUAAUAUUUCUGAGAGAAGACAUUUCUAUUCUUCAAAGUCAGGGAAAUGACUACAGUAGUUUAGUUUUUAAUGAAAAGCCAGCAUCAUUAGCACCUAUAAUACUAGUUGUAAUUUCCUUUUAGUAUUUACAGCAACAGGUCAGAAUUAUGUUUUUUAGUCUGAAAAACAAACUUCUCUGUGGUUUUAAUACACCUCCAAUAUAUGUUGAAUCUUAAAUAUGAUCAGGAGGCAUUUUUCUCUAUUUACUGGAUUGUUUUGAGUCAAAACUGAUAUAAUGUUCUUCCCAACAACAUUUUUUGUUGGCCUACAGAGUUUAUUUCCUAUGUUUUAUUUAAUAUUGUAUUACAUUCAUUUUAAUCUGUUCAAAUAGAUUAAAACAAACAUUUAUGAUGGUCUGUAUCAAUUAGCAGAUUUUAUUGCUUUUCAUUUUUUACUGUGAAGGCACAGAAUGCAAAAGUCAAUGGGAGAAAGGAAUUGAUGUCGUUCUUUUUAACUUCACUUGACAUAUUGCUCAUAAUAUCAUAUGUUUGAGACUCACUGUUUAUGUUUAUAGGAGGGCAAAUCUCUCUCUCUGUGUGUGUGUGUGUGUGUGUGUGUGUGUGUGUGUGUGAGAGAGAUUGUUUUUAAAAUUGUACCAUCUUUUCUUAUCAUCUGGCAUGGGCACACCCUGGAGCAACUUCAGUCUGCUCAGAACAAAUAUGGCCAUGGGCCAGAUCUGAUGCUAUACCACAAUCCCAGAAGUUAGCUGGGUUAAUUACUGCCAUUCCCUUCCAAGUAUGUUUUAUGGCAUCUGGCCUACAAAGAACUCACAGUCUGAUUUAGACGAACUUAAUGAAUAUUUACACCUCAAAAUAAAUUCAACAAAGGGUUCAACUAAUUGUCUGUCAUGCUUCACAGGUUGACUAGUAUCUGUGGGUAUGUCACUGCUAGGGUCAUUUACUCACAAGCCACCCAGACUUCCGGGAGCAUCUCAAGACUCAUUGUUGAAAAUAUAGUAACAAAAGACUAAAGCCCAAAUUGAGUUUCUGCAGCAAUGCAAAGGUUGAUAGCAUUAACAGCAGGGUGCUCCCGAAUAAUUGUUAAUUUGCACAUUUAUUAGAACCUUAAAUAUUCAUUACUUAGUGUUAAAUUAACAUUCUGUGUAGGAAUGAGAGCCUUCUUAAUAUGAUUCUUCUGACCUUAGAAAUGGCAGGAGGUCAAAUGUGACUAUGGAGCUCUAAGUGAAAAAAAUCAGGUAGGGUCCAUUUAGAUUUAAAAAAUAGAAAGUAGAAUUUCUUUUGUCAGAAAGUAAAUAGUGAUUUUUCAAGCCCCCCCCCCCUCACUUUUAAAGGAAGUCGGAAGGGAAUAAAGGAAGAAAUACUUAUAGCAUUUUAGGUUAGUUUACUUGUUUAUUACGAGUUUGACCAUUUUGAAGUCAGUUGUUUGAUUGACACCAUGGCACAUUUCCAAAGAGAGGAGCAGUUGUGACUACUCCCAUUCUGUUCCAAUUGUUCUAGUCUGGUCACUUUACAAAUCACAGAGUCAUAGUAACAAUAUAAAUGAGUUCACGGAUUGAUCAUCACAUGAUCAAUUAUGAAGAUCUGAAUUAAAGAAUAUUUCCUUUUUCAAUGGAAUCACAACAGUUUAUUUAAAAAGGGAUGGAAAAAGGAUAUUUUUCAGAACAUAAAGGCUAAAAUUUUUGACCUGAUGUAUAUUUUAGACAGUUCUAGGAGUUUAGUUCCCUUAAUUCUGGAGCUGUGCUUAUAAUACAGCCCUUUUCUUAUAAAUUCAGUUAGAAGGUCUUCCUUAACAAUGACUGUUAUAAUGUUUUACUCAAAAUAUGAUUUUGUGUCCUAUCAAUACAAAUAUAAAACAGUUUGAGCCCUAAUAAUCAUGUAACAAAGUAUUUUGUAGAUUGCAUAUUGAUUUUUCUAAAAUUAAAGAUGUAUUUCAAAUAAUUCUUGCUGUGCUAUGGACUUAUAUCUUUUGCAAGGCCUGGGGAUAUUUUUUUUUAAGGUGUGAAAUCAAUUUCAAUAACCUUCAAAAAUUGACUCUCUGUCAGGCAUAUGUAUAAGACUUCACUAUUAAGGACUCAUUGAACAUGGCAUCUUGGCAUAUCCUGGAAAAAUAAUACCAUCAAACUGUAAUUGAUGAUAUGAUAAAGGAUGAUUUUUAAAAGAGCAAAUAAUCAUGACUCAUAAAGAUGUGAAGUGAGUAUGUGCAUAAGAUUUUAUUUAACUCACUAAUGAGGGAAUCCAUAAGCUGUUAUAAUUGGUUCAAUGCUGGGUGUGGUGUUACACACCUGUAAUCCCAGCAAUUUGGGAGGCUGAGAAAGGAGGAUCCUAAGUUCAAAGCCAGCCUCAGCAAUUUAGCAAGACCUUAAGCAACUUGAGACCCUAUAAAAUAAAAAAGUCAUAAGGAGUUCCAAAGAGAAUUCAAAAAGAGACAUAUAKAGGAAGUAAGGAAUUCUCAAAUGAAUUUAAAAAUAUAGUAUCCUCCUGUCCUAACAAUUAAUUUACAUUUCUGUGGACAAGAGUCAUGUGCAUUAAUAUCAGACUUCUAUUAUUUACAUAUUCAUAAAAUAAUUCAAAGACAAAGUAAAGGUAUUGAUAACCUGGAUGAAAAUGAGAUAGGACUUCCAUUUUUUUUUUUUUGACAAUAGGCUGAACUUUGUCCACAGGAGAACAGAAUUGUACAACUUGGGCAACUUGUUUAGUAGUACUAAAGAAAUCAUGUGUAUUUAAAAGCAAAGUUUUUGAAGUUUUGAAAACUAUUUUUACCCAAUAGUGCAGAAUAUAUUUUUACCCAAUAGUGCAGAAUAUAUUUCAGAGAGCUGGGGUGGGUGCGGUGGGUAGGCCAUAAUAGAUACAAAAGUAAAUCAAUGCUGAUUAAAAAACCCUAAUGAAACCAACCUCUCUUUCCAUCAUAAGAAAACUGACAUUUGUUGAAAUUAAAU